AAAAUUAUAAAUCCACGACUUCUUGCAGAUCAAGAUGAGUUUAGGGGAAAAUGCCAACCUUGUACAGGAGUUUGAGGAAUCAUUUCAGAAAAGUAUUGCUGCCCUGACGGAAGAUGAUGAUCUGAUGGGAAAAGACCAGGAAACUAUAAACAAUACUAUAGAGGAUAAAGUAACUAGGUUCUCUGAUCUAGCCAGGCAGCUUGAGACUUUCUUCCUACAGAAGCGGUUUCUAAUUUACAAUUACAAACCAGAAAUGGUCUUGAAGGUAAUAUUAUUGUGA